AUGCUUUGUCUCAAACACACCUGGAUUUUACAAGACAUACCCAGCACAGACGAUGGAAGGGCUGCUCAGAAAGAAGACUACACUCGCUUUGCUACGGGGCACGGUGGGACAUCAGACAUUGAGAACACUAACAACAAUUUCAAGGUAAGCCUUGAUGUGCAACAGUUCCAACCCAAUGAAAUAAGCAUAAAACCAGUGGUUGAUUUGGUUGUUGUUGAAGAACAGCAUGAGGAACAACAGGUUGAGAAGUGUUUUAUUUCCAAACAGUUCACUUGCUGCUACAAGCUACCCAAUCGCAUUGAACCAGAAGCGAUAACAUCAGGGCUGUCAGCCGACAGUUUUCUAAUCAUCGCAACUCCUAGGAAACAACUGCCUUCAGCAAGCAUGACUCCUACAGGGGAGAAUGUCUUUUAUCACUCUAGUCUGCCGAGUUCAAUCGUUAGUUGCACCUUUGUCUCUGUUGUACAUCCAUUGUCAGGAAUAAAAUACGAGUUAACUGAAUUCUGUUAA